UUUCCAGGUAGGUGUCAGCCCACUCUUGAAAAAUGUUUAAGUGCCGUUGAAGAGGGCCAAUUAAGUAUUUAAUACUCCGGUUGGAAUAGUAAAAGUAUCGUCGGCAAAUAGCGCUAGGUUGGUGGGGGGAUUUUUGGAGCAUCAGGAUGUUGGAGCAGGAGGAUUUGAUUUUGUUCAGCAGAGUGAAGAACUUUGUGUGUGAGUGAGAGGAGGUAGCUUGCCACCCACUGAACGAAGGGUAAUGGAAGUUUGUGAGUGUGAAGGAGCUUCCAAAUUAGCCCCUCGUGCCAUACUUUAGACGACUCCAGUGGAGCAUCUGUUCUGGCAAGCAAUCGUCGCAUCUUCAAUUAGCCUGGCUGCUUGCAUUUUUAGUCAUGUUUUUGCAUGAAUCCGCACUGCUCUCGAGGGAUUAAAUGGUUUUCCGAAAUUAGUUUUCGGAGGCGGUCGAGAAGGAGUUUUUCUGUUAGUUUGGAAAUAGUGGCAAGGAGGCUGAUGGGUCUCCAGUUUUGUGGAAAGGUCUUGUUUUUGGUGUGGUUGGGGAUUAAUACUACGGAGGCGGUUUUCCAAGUUGGAUACAAAAAGACGCUUAAAAGGGCGAUAAAAUUCCACCAACUAACAAACCACCUGGUCUGUUCCAGAUCAACCCUCUCCAUCCGGAUCGAGUCGCUUGAACGCACCCCAAUGACGCCCCAAUGGAUGCUCUUCUGUUCAACUACAGUCAGCUGGCCCUCAUCGGCACCAACCAGGCCGACUUCGCCACCGAGAACCUCUCAGAAGUGAACAUCAGCAGAUCGUCGACCAGACUGACCUCCCCACUAACCGUCACCAUUGUGGUGCUGCUGGCGUUCCUCCUAUCGCCGAUGAUCCUGAUCGGGAACUCCUUAGUGUUGGUGGCGAUGUACCGCUUCAAGCGGCUACGGACGCCCAGCAACUAUCUAGUGAUGUCGCUGGCCACUAGUGAUCUGGGAGUGGGCAUGUUCAUGCCAGUCGGGUUCUACCUGGAGCUGAACGGGAUCAGCGCCUUCCCAGGCGUGCAGGCCUGCCUGUUCAGCUACGGCGUGGUGAUCGGAUUGUGUUGCGUGUCGGUGCUGGUGAUGGUGGCCAUUGCUGUUGAUCGGUUCACUUCACUGGCGCGCCCGCUGCGCUACAACAACUUGAUCACACACUCGGCCGUUGAGCGGUACAUAGUGAUCUUCUGGAUCUACUCCAGCUUGGUGGGGUUCAGCCCGCUGGCCUACUCGGUUGUGAUGGGCGACAAGAAAAGGUAA